CCGAAUCUGACACAACACCGGAAACAUCCCUACGUCAGCACGUGCGCGGACUCCCAGCCUGAGUCCAGUACGUGAGUGUUUGCAUGUGUGCAGCUUUUGGAGGAGAAUGAGAAACGCGGAGCGGGGCUGCGGGUUUGUUUUUGUGAUUGUUUGAGUCGUCGUCUGUCGAGCCAUGAGGUCUCUCGUCUACAGGCAGCACGCAGAAGAAGAAGAAGAAGGAGGCGGUCUGGGCUUCGCUAUGGAGAUCUGACCCUGUGCAGGACUGUGUUGUGUUGUGUUGGGGUGGAAAAAAAAAAAGUUGUCGGGAAAUAAAGGCUAAGCUGCUUCUUUUUUUGUGCCACACAUGCAACUCGGAGCCGAGGAAACAUGAUUUUGUGGAGAAUUCACCCAGGAAGCUGCAGAGCAUGGCUGUGUCGGGUUUCAUUGAGGCAGGAUCAGUGCUUCUUCUCGGUGUCUUCUUCCUCGGUGCCUCAGCAGCCGGUGCCGCCUCUGGCCCAGACCCUGCAGGGUUACCUGCGGGCUCUGGAGCCCCUGCUGCCCCCCGACGAGCUCAGCCACACCCGCAGGAUGGUGCAGGAGUUCGGGCGGCCCGGUGGUCUGGGUCCGCACCUGCAGGAGGGGCUGGAGAGGAGAGCCAGACUCACCAAGAACUGGAUCUCAGACUGGUGGGUGCAGUGGGCGUACUUGGAGAGCAGGCAGCCGCUUCCCGUGCACUCGAACCCGGCCAUCUCUCUGCCCAGGAGAGACUAUAACGACUGGAGGAGCCAGCUGGUGUUUGCUUCCAAGCUGAUAGCAGCUGUUCUGGACUUCAAGGCCAAGAUCAAGACCGGGCAGCUGCCGGUCGAGUACAUGCGAGGGAAGCCUCUGUGCAUGGAGCUCUACCCGCGCCUCUUCUCCUCCUGCAGGAUCCCCGGCCCCAAACACGACCACAUCGCCCACUACGGCCGCUCACGGCGCUCGCCAACACACAUCACAGUCGUCAGGAACUACCAGUUCUUCCAGCUGGAGGUUUACAACAGCGACGGCUCGCGGAUGACGGAGAGUCAGAUCCACUCACAGCUGCUGAGGAUCCGGUCUCAGUCCUGGAAGACUGACAAGGAGCCGAUGGGCAUCCUGACCAGCGAGCACCGCCACACCUGGGGACAGGCCUACAACCGCCUGCUCAGAGAUAAACUGAACCAGGAGUCGGUGCGGCUCAUAGAAACAGGACUUUUCUCCCUGUGUCUGGAUUCUCCAGUCAUGAGGAUAUCAGAUGAGAAGUACGCCAGUCGUAAAGCAGCGCAGGUCCUACACGGUGGCGGGACGUUCUCCAACAGCGGGAAUCGCUGGUUUGACAAAACGCUGCAGUUUGUCGUAGGAGAGGACGGCUCAUGGGGUCUUCUGUAUGAACCGGCCACAGCCGAGGGUCCGCCCAUAGCCACACUGCUGGAUCACAUCCUGGAGUACUGUGAGAAGCCAGACCCAAAGAGGGCGCCGCUGGUCCCUCUACCGAUGCCCAAGAAGCUCUACUUUCACAUAGACAGAGAAAUCAAGAGGGACAUAGAGCAGGCCAAGCAGAACCUCGACAUACUGAUCAACGACCUCGACGUCAACGUGUUCAACUUCAAGAGAUUUGGCAAAGAGCUUCCCAAGCAGCACAAGCUGAGUCCAAACUCCUUCAUCCAGGUCGCCCUGCAGCUCGCCUACUACCGAGUCCACAACGAGGUCUGUCCUGCCUGUGAUAUCGCCACUCAGAGGAUGUUUCGAGGAGGAAGGACGGAGUACAUCCGCUCGCCCACAAAUCAGACGCUCAAAUUCAUUCUUGCCUUUGACGAUCCAUCCGUAUCCAGGGAAGCAAAGCUGGAGCUGUUCAGAGAAGCUGUUGAUGCCUAUGCAGCUCUGACCACACAGGCGCUGAAAGGACACGGUAUUGAUAACCACUUGCUGGGGCUCAAGCUGCAGGCCAUCGAGGAGGGACUGAGCAUUCCCAAAAUCUUCAUGGAUACAGCCUACGGCCUGGCGACGCACUGGAAGCUGCGCACGGGACAGGUGCCUGCUAACACAGACAGUGUGAUGUGUUUUGGGCCUCUCGUCCCCGAUGGUUACGCCGUGUGCUACAACCCCCAGUCGGACCACGUCCACUUCUCCAUCACCGCCUUCAACUGCUGCGAGGAGACUAAUGCGGAAACACUAGCUCGCACAGUGAAGGACACCUUGUGUCAUCUGCAUGAGCUGCUGCAGCCUACCGUGUAGGACCCACAGGAUGAACCCACUCGCACUAUGUUUUCUGAAAACAUUUUGUGUCAGUCUCGAUGAUGUGGCUUUUUGUCAUUCAUGGCACUCGUCACCAGAGCAUUUAAUUCUGGGAGAGUGAACUCGGCGUCUCUGAUGUGAUUUUGAUGCUUUUAAAGCUUUGGGGAAGCAAUGUAUUAUCCUGUUUCUUGCUCAGUCAAGCUGCUUUAGCUGCAGAGUUGCUACAGUGGAUUCGUUUGGAGGAAUCUGAUGCUACCGAGUCUCUGAGUGAAGGAAAGUUGAAGCCAACCUGACACUCCAGCAUUAAUCCGAACAAGCCAAAGCGUGAACUGACUGCACUCCUUUUACAAGUCAUGCGAUGACCAGUAUUUUUCUUGUAUCUUAAUAUUUUUCCCAUCAGAGUUGAUUGACAAAUGUGUUGGAUCCCUUUGAUUUUUGUAAAGCAUAGAAAUGGACCAAGCGACAGAAAGCAAAAGGAACCGCAGCUGUUUUUCAGGCCUGGUUUUCUGGAUGCGUUUUGAAUGUGAAGAGUUGUGGCCCUUCAGCAGGACGUGUAGUUCUGGUGUCAACUUGCAGGACUGGGGACUGGAUAAUAAAGUCCGUGAUCACGUGACUCUUGUGCAAGUGGUUAUGUGUUCGCGGGUGCUCUGACAGGGUGGAGGACGGUGUUUGUUUUUGUAUUGAUCAUUGAUAUUGACUGCUUUCGUUACUGAUAUUCCUACAGAAAUCACUGAGCUAUUUCAGAUAUGCAAUAAAUCGCAAGACUUCA